AUGUCAUCGGAACGCACAUGGCACUAUUUCCCACCACAGACACCGCCAUUGAUCGAAGCUGUGGAUGGAUUUGAAGAGAAUUUGCUUGAAUUCUUUGCAGGAAGGACAUUAAUCAGUCAGCGGGCACCGGAUGACGAGCAACGAGCGACGCAUGAUGAGAAAUAUGCGAAGGAAGUGGAAUAUGAUGCAAAAGACACUGCGAAGGGAAAACCAGUCUAUAAAAAAUAUCGACAAGACCGGAUUAAUUGCAGAACUCAAUGCGACGCUCAAUACAUCAAUAAUCUGCACACGUACUAUGGGAAUGGCAGUAAAUUGAAACCGACACCCAAGCAUUAUGCUGUCGAUUUAGUGUGCGGAAACAGUGUCGACACCGAUGCCACAGCGAAAUUGAAGAAUUUAGAGGUGCUUCGAAACUCGAAAUCAGUGUCAGAUUGGGUGAAGGAUCACCGGAAAACGGGCGAUAUGUAUACAAUGAGACGUCGAUGUUUCUCGUGUCCCGAUCUGGAAUUUUAUAUCGAACCGCCCACAAAUAUCACAAAUCCAAGUAACAGAUGGCAUAAAGAUCCGUUCGCUGGUAUCUACAACCUGGACACCGACUACAAACUGCCUCUGACGGAUUCUCAUUAUCUGCGUAAAGACGUGUCAAACACGGCGAAUUAUCUGAUUUCUCGAGUGAACGCCUUCAAUCACAACGCUGGAUUCUUGGAGAUUCAGAGGGUUUUAUUCAGUACGGAGAAGAUGUGCGCUUACGUGAUUCCCGCUAGAUUUGAUCUACAAUUAUAUUUGAGAGAAUUCUCAGAAUACUUUAUGAAAUGGUUCAAUCGAUUGAGUCCCGCGAUGCAGAACACGUUUGGAACGGAUCUUGAGGAGAAGAAGAAAUUCCCGAAUUCCAGACAACCAACAAAGUCAUACUGGUGGAAAGUGAAUGUAAUCCUUUGCCUCGACGAAUUCCAGCACGAAGGAACUCAAUUCCGACGGGCUCGUCACGUGUGUGACGUGCGUUGGUCCGCGCCGCCGAAAGACGUUUUCAUGGAGAUUGACACGGGAGAAUUGCGGAUUGUCGAGACGAGUCCACUGACCGUUCGACGGAUGCCCCACGAGUUUGCACACUUUUGCACACCAAUUUUGGAGUGUCGGUUUGAGGGGGCUAAGACACACGACGAGGUGACCGCCCGAAUCGAGGAGAUCCGUCGUACGGGUCGUGCCUAUAUUGGCCGUUUCGACCGUGGAGAUCGCGUCGAACGACAGAAUUCACACUACGAGGGAAUGAAUCGACGGGCGUGGUGUGAUAUUGAGACGGCUGUGCUGCUGCCACUGAAGCCGUAUCCAUCACCACUGCUCACCUCUCUCUUCUGCCCGGAAAAAGACUGUAUGGGACUGUGUUGCACUGAGAAAUAUCUGGAAAAGUCUGAAAUCUCUCCAACGACAGUCAACAUUCCAUCUCCAUGGGUGGCCGAUAAGAAGGAGAAACACUUCUUCGUCGAUCGAUCCUCACCGAGCAAAUUCUUCAAACAUCCGGCUGCAACGAACAACAAAAGAUUCCUGCAUCCAGCCAACGUUUCAUCGUUUUUUAAAUAG